GUGAAUCCCACGUUCCCGAGUCCCCCGGGUUUGCUUUCUAUCAGGGUUCCUGGUUUGCUUCUUCAUUCGUCAAAUCAAGAGUCAAAAGAACGAAACAGUGUUUAAUUUUCCUUUCUACUUGCCGGAGACUUUGAAUUUCCCAAAGUCGAAGUCAGUGAGCGAUGUCGUUGGUCUCUGCAUGCUGUUUGUUAAAGGAGCUCUGAGUGGAGAGGAAGAACAAAGGCAUGGCGAUUUCUAACCGGCGAUCACACUCCAACGGCAAGGGCUGGAAGUUCUUCAAACUUCCGUUUCGUCAUUCUGCAGCUACCACUCCUGCGGCUAACGCUCCGUCUUCAUAUCCUCCGGUUGAAGGUUCAAAGUCUCGUAGUUCCAAUUCGGUAUCUUCGGUCGCUAGAUCGCUUCUUCCAACCAGACAUCGUCUCAAGCUUGAUCCCUCCAAGAAGCUUUACCUCCCUUAUGAACCAGGGAAGCAGGCUAAGAGUGCCAUCAGGAUUAAAAACACUAGCAAAUCCCAUGUAGCUUUCAAGUUCCAAACAACAUCACCCAAAAGCUGUUUCAUGCGCCCUCCUGGGGCUAUCCUUGCACCUGGCGAGAGUAUUAUUGCAAUUGUGUUUAAGUUUGUAGAGGUACCAGAAAAUAAUGAAAAGCCUGAAAAAAGUGGACUCAAGUUUAAAAUCAUGAGCCUGAAAGUCAAAGGAGAAGUUGAUUAUGUACCAGAGCUGUUCGAUGAGCAGAAGGACCAAGUAGCGGUGGAGCAGAUUUUGCGAGUUGUGUUCAUAGAUCCGGAGCGAGCUACUCCUGCUUUAGAGAAAUUGAAAAGGCAAUUGGCUGAAGCUGAUGCUGCACUUGAUGCUCGUAAGAAGCCUCCAGAAGAGUCUGGUUCUGAGAUUAUUGGGCAAGGAGAGGUCAUAGAUGAAUGGAAAAACAGAAGGGAAAGGUACCUUGCGAAACAACAGGUUGAAGGAUUAGUAGUAGACUCUGUGUAAGUGUUCUUCUGGGCUUUACAAAUUUAUGUUAGUACAUUACUACGAUUAAACAUCGACAGCAGAUUAAAGUCAAGUGUGAAGUUGAAUUCAGAAAAGAGUUAUGAAACUACAGUGCUUGAUUUUGUAGAAAUAUUCCAGAUGAUGAUGAGUAUAUUUCGAAGAAUCCUAGGUAGUAAACAUCCUCUACAGAUGAGUAAGAUGAGUGCCUGUUAUUUUCUUUUUGAUACACUAGUGUAUUUGGAACAUUCCAUGAUUAAGGAUUCAUUGGAAUUUUUAUCCCAAGGACAAA